UCUUUCUGACCACUGUUUUGUCAGCUGUUGUUUGUUUAUGAUUAUUUCUACAGUAAACCGUGCACAGGGGCGAUCCAGAGGCUGAAUCGUUCCCUCUACCGCCUAUAGGGCGCGCGCUAACUCUGGAGUUUUCUGGUGCCUGCCUGUGCGUAAUGACGAAACUGUCCUUCAGCUCCAGCACCUCUCCUCCCCCCUCCUCCUCCCGUAUGUCACAUCUGGAUCUGGCUCCUCUCAUCAGCACCACUCGGCGCAGUGGGGGUGAGAGAGAAAGAGAGGGAGGGAGGGAGGGAGGGAGAGGGAGCGUUGAAGAAGCGGAGGAGACCUCGGUCGGUGCAGCCUCUUCCACAGCUGAGCUGAAUCAACGCGAGGAGAGCGGAAGGACAGCUCCCCUUCUAAUCUGCACUCACUGAUUUUUUUUAAUUUUUUUUUUGCACCCCCGCUAUCCUCCAUUCGUAGCUCCGACUUCUUCUUUUUUUUUUUUCUCUCCGUCUCUUCCCUCCUCUUGCAUUGAAUAUGAUGAGCUCCAGCCUACUAGAAAACCCGGUGCAGGCGAUUCUGUACCUGCGGGAGCUCACCACCAUCGUCCAGAACCAGCAGAGUCUCAUCCAGACCCAGCGCGCACGGAUAGAGGAGCUGGACCGGAAGGUGGACGAGCUCAUCGGCGAGAACAGGCACCUGAGGGACGUCAGGGUACAGCAGCAGCAUCCUUACCCUCACUUCCAUCACCAUCAUCACCCCGACCCCGGCUGCCUCCACCAACACCACCACCACCCGCAGGGCACACAGCUCAAGACUGGCGCGGGGUCUCCGCCAGAACAUGCGCUAGCGCAGGUCGAUGCCACUUCGGAGGUCCAGCCUUCGCCUGCACAAUCUAUGGACCCGGGGGACAUGCAGCUGGUGCCGGCCGAUCCGUCCACGGUUUCUCCGGUUGAGAGUGACCCAGGAAACGGAGGAAGUUUCUCCGGCUGCCGCUCUUUGGUUCAGAUGACCCCUACAACCCUCUCUAGAUCUCUGACCCUGCCGAGGAAAUCCGAGAGUGAGAUUGUGCUGCAUCAGUUUUGCUGCCCCGCCCCUGAACAUCCGGAGGCGGACACCACCGGCUCAUCUGGUGGACAGAUGCUGAGCCUGGAGGACGGACCAUCCUCCAGUAGUGGACAGGAAGUGGAGGGGACCAAGAGGGAGGGACCCAGUGAAUAUGAGAUCACCCUGGAGAAUAAAAACAAACAGAUAGAAGAGCUGGAGCAGAAGUAUGGAGGCCAUCUAAUAGCAAGGAGGGCUGCCCGUCGUAUCCAGACCGCCUUCCGUCAGUAUCAGCUUAGUAGAAACUUCCAGAAGAUCCGUAACUCGCUUUCGGAGAGCAAGUUGCCUCGUCGGAUCUCCCUGCGCCACCCCAGCCCAUCAGGCCGGGCCCGGAAUGCAGCCCAGAGACACAGUUACAGUCUGCAUCCAGGAGGGGGACAAAUACCUCUGCGCUCCAAAACUCCCCCUCCUCCACCGUGUCGCUCCACGUCUCUGCCCCCGUCUCCUGCGUCUGCCCCAGCAGCUGCUCCCAGUCCUGCCCCGACCACAGCCGCACCUCAAACGCCUGGUCCGACACUCACACAGCUAGAGGACUGCUUCUCUGAUCAACUGCACUCUUUGGCCCAGUCAAUCGAUGACGCCCUUCGUGGCUGGAGCUUAUCAGAGAGUGGAGAGGGGAAGGGGCUACUAAUGGACCCCGGGGCUCUUCGUGCUGCUGCUGAGAGUGCAUGUCUGCCUCGUAGUGCCAGCUCGUUGCUCAUGGCCUUCAGAGAUGUCACUGUUCACAUUGACAGCAAUAGCUCCUACACCAUCUCCUCCGCCACCACCACAACCACAACCUCACUGGGCAACACAGGUGGGGGAGGGCCGGGCAGCAGAAAGGCCUCUGUGAGCGGAAUGGCUGGGGGAGGAGAUGGCCAGUCUGUAGAGGAGCCAGAGUUUCCAGCCCCUCCUCCCAGUGAGGAGCUGGAAAUGGUUGAUCCAGGAUCGAGGAGGGGCUCCACAGUGCCAACCCUGGGAGGAGGAGGGGUGGAGGGGCAGAGCGGCUCGGACAGACUGGGGUCCACCUCCACUUCUACCUCUACUUCCACCUCCAUCUCCACCUCAACCCAGUCCAACCAGCAGCCUGCACAGAUUUACACCCAGUACCAGCAGUACCACUACACUCAUCCUCAACAGGUCCCCGGGGGGCCGAGCCCUGAGGCCCUGCAGGCACUGGUCGUCUCUCUGCCCAGGGACCGCUGCCAGGAUCCAGCCUCUUGCCGCUCGCCAACCCUGUCCACAGACACACACCGCAAACGCCUCUAUCGUAUUGGACUCAACCUCUUCAAUGUGAACCCAGAAAGAGGCAUCCACUUCCUGAUCACGCGUGGUUUCGUCCCGGACACGGCUAUUGGAGUGGCUCAUUUCCUGCUGCAGAGAAAGGGCCUGAGCCGACAGAUGAUUGGAGAGUUCUUGGGGAACAGCAAGCUGCAAUUCAAUCGAGAUGUCCUUGAUUGUGUCGUGGAUGAGAUGGAUUUCUCGGGCAUGGAGCUCGAUGAAGCCCUGAGAAAGUUCCAGGCUCACGUCCGUGUUCAGGGAGAAGCACAGAAAGUGGAGAGACUCAUCGAAGCCUUUAGCCAGAGGUACUGCAUGUGCAACCCUGAUGUCGUACAGCAGUUUCACAACCCGGACACAAUCUUCAUCCUUGCCUUUGCUGUGGUCCUCCUCAACACUGACAUGUACUCCCCCAACAUCAAGCCUCAGCGCAAAAUGGGCCUCGAUGACUUCAUACGCAACCUAAGAGGUGUGGAUGACGGAGCAGACAUCCCCAGAGAGAUGGUGGCAGGCAUCUAUGAGAGGAUUCAACAGAGAGAGCUCCGCUCCAAUGAAGACCAUGUCACCUAUGUGAGUCGUGUGGAGCAGUCCAUCCUGGGCCUGAAAACUAUCCUCGCCGUGCCCCACAGACGUCUGGUGUGCUGCUGCCGCCUGUUUGAGGUGCCUGAUGCCAACAAGCCUCACAAGCAGAAACUGUCCCAGCUUCAGAGAGAGGUCUUCCUCUUCAAUGACCUGCUGCUGAUCCUCAAACUGUGUCCCAAGAAAAAAAGCUCAGCCUCAUACACCUUCUGCAAAGCUAUGGGUCUUCUGGGAAUGCAGUUUCACCUCUUCAGCAAUGAAUACUACGCCCAUGGCGUCACCAUGCUGAGCCCGUUUACCUCAGAGAAGAAACAGCUGGUGAGCUUCUGCUCCCCGAGUGGAGAGGAGCUCAGGAAGUUUGCCGAGGAGCUCCGAGAGGCUAUCGCCGAGGUCAACGAGAUGGAGCAGAUUCACAUCCAGUGGGAGUUGGAGAGGCAACAGGGCAUCAUGCCACACGGCAUACACACCAACGGUGGGCAAGUGGACACGCUCAUAGGACACGGCUCUCCCUCAGGCCAACAGGAUCUGUACGAUAAACCCGGCAACAACAACACAGUAGAGGUGUCAAUUCACAACAGGCUGCAGACCUAUCAACUGAGCCAGCCCAGCAUUGAGUCCUCGACUCUGGCCCUGGCUGCACCACCUGCCCUGCUCAGCCCCGUCCAGCCCGGGGAGCUCCGCCCAGAAACACUCAUCCAGUGCCAGCAGAUUGUCAAGGUGAUCGUCGUGGACCAGAGCGGGCGAGGGCGGAUGGAGGCCUUCCUGAGCCAAGGCCCGGCCACCCAUCAGCUCAUCCAGUCGGCCCUGUCCACACCUGUGCACGUCAGAGAAGGGGAUGGCCCUCAGCCCCCCCUGCCGCCUCCGCCUCCACCUUACAACCACCCCCACCAGUUCUGUCCCCCUGACUCACCCAUGCCCCUACACCACACCCUGCCUCUCAUGCGCAGGCGCAACUCCAGCGGCUCACGCAGCAUUGUCUGAGUCCUGAGUUACUCUACGAACCCUGGAGGGAAGACAUUACCCUCACACACACACACACACACACACACACACACACACACACACACACACACACACACACACGCUGGAGCACUACUUUGAAUGGUAUAAUGAAAGCAUUGCAAAAAAUUAAAUAAAGUGAGGAAUAUACUGUGUGAGUCGCACAAAGGGAAGAAGGAAAAGGAAACCAACGGGAAUCCAAUCACACUCUUGACUGAGCAGUGUUGUGGCUCUGAUGCCAAUUCUCUGUCUUCAACAUGUCACCCGGUAGCUGACUGGUGUUGUCUGUCUAGAUUUCACACUCUUGAGGGGGUUUGUGACUUUGCAUUUUUUAAAUGUCACCUGUACAACAGGCUGUCUGUGAGCUAUGACUGUGUGGCCGAAGGGGCGAUGAAAGGACAUGGAGCGGCUUUAAACGUAACGGACAAAACGUUUGGGGUUUUGUUUUCUUCCAAGGUAUCGACGUUAAGUUCACACCUCUUUGCUAGGUACAGUAGUCUCAGAUACCACACUCACAGUGAGGAAUCAUUACAGCCCAGCUAAUAAAGCUUCUCCACACUGUAACGAUUGUUUUCCACCUCAUCUCUGCAUAAUGUGAGGGAAAAAAAACUGAGUGUCCACGUAUUUGUUUCCUUAGUAUUUUGUAGGGAACAGAGAAUCAGUGAGUGUGAGUUCUCCAACAUCUCUUCCCCGUCAUGUUUAGUAUGGUAGGGUAAGCACGGAUGUUGUUACUCACUGUACUAACCUAAAACCACAUUCAGAUGACAAUCAUAUUGUUUGUGCUUCAUUGUUAUGUGUUUUUUCUAAACCAGAUAUCUUCACAAUAGUGUGUGACUGCCCCGAUUCAGUGGUGUUUGGCUCUCACAGAGCUCAGGAAGGGAUGUGCUGUACUGUAACAUGUAAAAGCUGCACCUCCGAGUCGAGCUGAGAGCUGAACGAUUGUGUACUGUGAGCUCAGGCUGCUUAAUCAUGGGCAUCAGGGAGCUGGGCUUGUAAUUCAGCCAGAACAAGGUUAAACAGGCAGAUGCCUCUCUCCUCCUGUACAUGUACUCCUCUAACGAGUUACCUUGUGUGAAUAUUGCUGUUACCUUCGGAUUGAGGCAAUGUCUAUGCCCAGAAAAACUCUUAGCUUUAGUUUAAAAAUGGAUAAAUAUCGCUCCACACAGGGUAGACCGAGGACACACUAAUAAAAACAUCACCCGCUCGAAUUUUAUUUUCCCUCGCACACUGAAAACGUUACAUAAGCCUCGAUGCAUUCCUUUGCUGAAUGUUAAAUCAGGGGGAAAACUGAAGAUGUCCAUGGAAUAAUUAUUUGAAGUGUCAUCUGGCAUGUUUUUGAGCUUGUACAGCAGAUCACGAAUCAUCCGACUGAGACACACCACACACCUCUUGUACCUUUUGCACCACAGAAUAUAUUGGAUAUAUUGUAUAUAGAUAAUAUAGAUUUAUUCUGAAAAUAAGUGAUUGGUUUGCCCAGUGUGUGUAUCUGCGUAUGUAUUUGUACAGAGAUCUAGUUUAAAAGAAAAAAAAGGAUAUUAUAAUUAUUAUAGUUAUUAUCAUUAUUCACGUUUAUUUUCACGAGGGUGUCCUACAUCCUACUGCUACGAGAGAUGGGAAAUAGGCAGCUUUUAUAGAACACACUCCAGUUACCAUGGUAACACAGAUAUAUUAUUACAGAUCUACAUUCGUCAGUAAAUUACCAUGUCAAAUCAUAACAGGAUUAUUAGGAGAUGGCUGUCACCUGUUAAGGUGUGUAAAGGGCUAUGCUGUAUUGGUGAAUACGUACAGUAAACCACGUGUCUCUCUCUCACACACACACACACACACACACACACACACACACACACACACACACACACACACACACACACACACACACACACACACACACACACACACACACACACACACACACACACACACACACACACACACACACACACACACACACACACCAACAUGCACAUAGCUGCCAAAGCAACAACGAAUCUAUCUUAAGAGUCACCUUAGAAACUGCUUGAUUUCUCAAGUCAGCAUCCCCACUUUAUUUACUGUAAACUCUGACUCACUUGUUCUAUACAGCAUGAUGUUUAUAAUUAUUUAAUUAUUUUUUAAUUUUUCAUUUACAGUACAAGGGAGGAAUUCAAUUAUAUGUUGGUAUCAUUAUUGUCAGGGCAUGUUGGGUUGAUUAAUGUCGGAUUUUUUUUCACUCGCUCCACUUCCCCCCCUCCUCUCUGCCCAACCCCCGUAUCCCCAGCCCCCUGCUUCUCUGUGGUUGUCAUGGAGACGCACCAAUCUGCAUCCUCACUGUGGAGCACCGUCAUUAAUCUUUGCACCCUCACAAUGUUUCUUAAAAAAAGAAGAAGAAAAAAGGAUAUUUCUUAAAGAUCAACAUGUUUACUAAUGGAAUAUUUCUAAAAAAAAAUCUGUUUGAAGAGACUGAAAGAAUAAAGUAGUUUUUACUCUCCGUC